CACUCUUUCAGCCCUUGAAUAAAAACUGCACCCAACUUCCCAGGCGCCCUCAUUGCCCAGCCGGACCCCAGCCCCCGAUAGGCUCGGGCCGCCCAGCUCGCCCCGCGCUCCGCCGGCCCCCGCCCAGCGCACCGGACCCCGCGCUCGCCCCCUCGGUUCGCUCGCACCAUGGACAAGUUUUGGUGGCGCCUAGCCGGGGGACUGUGCCUCUUGCAGUUGAGCCUGGCGCAGAUCGAUUUGAACAUAACCUGCCGAUACGCAGGUGUGUUCCACGUGGAGAAAAACGGCCGCUACAGCAUCUCGAAGACGGAGGCUGCUGACCUCUGCAAGGCUUUUAACAGUACCCUGCCCACCAUGACCCAGAUGGAGAAAGCCCUGAGCGUCGGGUUUGAGACCUGCAGGUACGGGUUCAUAGAAGGACACGUGGUGAUCCCCCGGAUCCACCCCAACUCCAUCUGUGCCGCGAACAACACGGGGGUGUACAUCCUCACAUCCAACACCUCGCAGUAUGACACGUACUGCUUUAAUGCUUCAGCUCCACCUGGAGAAGAUUGUACAUCGGUCACACACCUGCCCAAUGCCUUUGAAGGACCAAUUACCAUAACUAUUGUUAACCGUGACGGCACCCGCUAUUCCCAGACGGGUGAAUACAGAACUAACCCAGAAGACAUCUUCCCCAGCAACCCCACUGACGAUGACGUGAGCAGCGGCUCAUCCAGUGAAAGAAGCACUUCAGGAGGCUACAUUUUCCACACCCACCUUCCAACUGCAUACCCGACCCAGGACCAAGGCAGUACAGGGGUGUCCAACAAUCCAGAGAAUACCGCCAUUACCAGUAUGGAUUCAAAUAUCAUCUCAGCAGGCUGGGAACCAACCGAAGAAAACGAAGAUGAAAGAGACAAACACCCCAGUUAUUCUGGAUCAGGCAUUGAUGAUGAUGAAGAUUUUAUCUCCAGUACCAUUUCAACCACACCACGGCUUUUUAACCACCCAAAACAGAACCAGGAUUGGACCCGAUGGAGCCCAGGCGAAUCGAAUCCAGGAGUAUUACUUCAGACAACUACAAGGAUGACUGAUGUGGACAGAAGUGGCACCACUGCUAAUGGAGAGAGCUGGACCCGCGAACCACACUCUACUCUCAUUCACCAUGAGCAUCAUGAUGAAGAGGAGACCCAGCAUUCUACAAGCACAACCCAGGAAAUCGCUAGUAGUACAAUGGAAGAAACAGCUACCCGGAAGGAGCCGUGGGUUGAGAACGGAUGGCAUGGGGGAUAUUCCCAAUCACCAAAAGAAGACUCUCAUUCAACAGCAGGGACAGCUGCCCCAGCCCAUGACAGCCAUCCAGAUCAAAGAAUGACAACGCCAAGUCAAGAGGACAGCUCCUGGACUUAUUUCUUCGACCCAAUCUCACAUCCAAUGGGACGAGGUCAUCAAACAGAAAGAUGGAUGGAUACGGACUCCAGCCAUAGUACCACACUUGGGCCUUCUGCAGAGCCACACACACCUUUGGUGGAAGACUUGGACAGGACAGGACCUCUUUCAAUGGCAACUCAACAGAGUAAUACUCAGAGCUUCUCUGCAUCACAUGGAGGCUGGGAAGAAGAUAAAGACCAUCCAAUGACUUCUACUCCAAUAUCCAGCAAUAGGACUGAUGGCAAAGGUGGAAGAAGAGGUGGACAUCUUCCUGAAGACUCAGCUACUUCAGUGGGAGGUUUUACUUCUCCCUCCCCAGCCACAAGGGAACACAGGACCCUCAUCCCAGUGACCUCUGCUAAGACGGGGGCUCCUGAAGUCACUGAAGUUAAUAUUGCUGGAGAUUCCAACUCUAAUGUUGAUCGUUUCUUUUCAGAAGACCAGGACUCACCAGUUCACCCCAGUGGGAGGUCCCAUACCACUCAUGGAUCAGAAUCAGCAGGACACACAAGUGGGAGUCAUGAAGGUAGGGCAAACACGACCUCCGGUCCUACGCGGAAACCUCAAAUUCCAGAAUGGCUCAUCAUCUUGGCCUCCCUCCUGGCCUUGGCUUUGAUUCUUGCCGUCUGCAUUGCUGUCAACAGUCGAAGAAGGUGCGGGCAGAAGAAAAAGCUGGUGAUCAACAACGGUAAUGGAGCAAUGGAAGAGAGAAAGGCAAGCGGACUCAAUGGAGAGGCCAGCAAGUCUCAGGAGAUGGUGCACUUGGUGAACAAGGAGUCCUCGGUGACCUCUGAUCAGUAUAUGACAGCCGAUGAGACCCGGAACCUGCAGAAUGUGGACAUGAAGAUUGGGGUGUAACACCUACGCCGAGGUGACCUUGGAAAGAAAUGGCAAUUGGAGACGUAACCAAUUCAAGGAGCUGGGACACUUCACAGAUGCAAUGUGCUACUGAUUGUUUCAUUGGGGAUAUUUUUUUAGUAUAAAAUUUUCUACUCCUUUUUUGGUUUUUGUGUUUUGUUUUUUUUUGAAGUCGGGUCCAAUGUAUAAAAAUAGCAUUGCUUUCUGAAAUGAGGGCCCAGUUAAUAAUCCACAAAAAUUUGACUGUUCCAGUUCCCACCUAGAAGCCUCCAUCCCCCUAGCGCAUGCUAUGGAUGGCUUCUAACAAAAGCCACAAAUACAUCUUCCUGAUCCCCAUUCUACCUUCCACUCCCCCUCCCAGGCAACAGCCACCUGCUAAGGACAUCCCUCAGGGCUAAGGGGAUUGGUCCCUGGGAGGAAAUUUGGGUCCUUAUCCCCCUCUCCUGCAGCCCAUUCCCUGGGCAUUUCUUUCCAGUGGGGUAGGGGGUCAGAAUGUACUGGUUACACAUCCCCUUCUACAGACCCCCCCUGGAAAUUUUUCAGAUGCUUCUGGGGAAAUACCCAAAAGGUGAAGCUAUUUAUCUGUAGGAAGCUAUUUAUCUGUGUUUUUGAAAUAUUAAACCCUGGAGGUCCUUUGAUCAGUAUGGUUUUUUUUUUUUUUUUUUUUUUUGGUUACUUUGUCAGAGGCAUAAAGGGUUUCAGCUGUUCAUAAUAAACAUCUAUACUUCUUCCACCAUAACCCUUUGUGCUGUGAUCCUUUAGGUUUUUUUAACCAGCAAGGUCUGGUUCUCAUAAACUCAUCAGAAAGAUGUGAGAAGGUCCUCCUUGAAAGUCUUCAUCUCAGAGCCACUAAGCCCCCAUUCAGGUUCAAUCAACCAAAUCUCAAGGAACAUCAAAGAAGACAGUGCUCUGUUAUUUCUGAGGCUCCAAAAACUUUCUCCUGUCUGAGCAUUAGAAUUAGGAAAGGAGGAGCUUCAGUUGCCUUUAUGUUUUAAUGGCCAUCAGUUCUCUGCCCUGAAAAGGCUGUGAAAAGUGACAUUACAUCACAUGAUCUACCAUUUGUGGCACCCCAUUUCAUAGACACCCUGCCAAGUGAUGUCCAAAAGCAAUAUGGAAGUAUCUUUUGAUCUCUUAUAGUAAAAAGAGAGGUCAAUGGACAUGAAAGAGAGUAUAGACAGUCGCCAGCUGAUUAGCACAGGUUGGGGAAGAAGGGAGGGAGUUGUGUAGAUCCUGUUUGAGUAUUUUUAUGACUGUUAUUUGUUUAUACUCUAACAAUCCAGUUGUCUGCCCCUGAUGCAGUUACAACUCAUGAUAAGUCAAGUGCCUGGGAAGUUGCUUACAAGGUUACAGGGCUUCCCACCAUUGGAAUAUUAGCACUAGAUAGGCAGGUGUGUGACCACAUAGGACAAUAAUAGGGAUUUUUUCUUGCUUGGUGGUCUUUAUUCAUAAGUUCAGAAGGUCUCAUUGGUCCUGGAACUUCCAAAGGUGAUUUGUAAUAGAAGAAAUUGAAUCUAUAAAGUAAGGGCUUUUAUAAAAUGGGACCUCUUGCCUUAUGCUCCCACAGAAAGUCAUCUGUUGUGUAAAUUGAUAUGUUUAACUGGCAACGUUUCUAAGACAGAAAGGGAGAGAGAAUGAGAGAGAGAGAAGAGAAGAAGAAGAAGAAGAGGAAGAGGAACAGGAGGAAGAGGGGGGAGGAGGAAGGGGAGGAGGGAGAGGAAGGAGAGGAAGGAGAAGAAAAUAGCUUCCACAUAAGUCAGGGCUGGAUUUAUACGCGGGGUGAUUAUGAAGGAUCUAUUUUUAAAAGCGAUGCCCACUUCCUGCACUCAUUUCCGAUUUCCAUUCUCCCUUCUCCCAUGUGAACAUAAUCGGUCAGUUCCAUAUACAGCUGUCUGGUUUUCUUUUUAUCUUCAAGUUGGAAGAAAAGAAACAGACAUAUAGCCACUCUGUUGUCGCAGCCACUAGUGUUCAAGUGCUCCCUGCUUUCCAAAAGCACAGUCUUCAGACAGGUUCACCCCAUCUCUUUAGCCACUCCAGGAUCAGGUGCAGGAAAGCUACAGCUGGCUCUACCUGUUCCCACAUUCUCUUCAGACCGUGGAGAGUGUUAAAAGUCUCACAGCUAGAGAUGGUUUUCCUUUUCCAGAUCUUUCCAACAAAUAGGCUAAGAAAAGCAAUUGUUUUCUAUUUCAUUUUAGAAUUAAAUAUGAUCUUUUCUUUUAUUAUUAUUGUAUUCCUUACUUGGGUUUACUUCUGUGUUUUCAAGCUAGGAAUGGGAUAGGUCUAGAGCUUUCAUUCCUUGGCUUCAAUACCCCUGCGAUAUUGCCUGAAGUUGUGGAAUACGAUAUAUUCUCUCCCAUUAAGCUGAGAGCUUAAGAUGCAAUUUUUCCUACAAUUGUAAAUCUACUGUGUCUCCUGGGAGCUGCCUUUAAAUUAACACUGGGUGAAAAAUACAAUGGGACACCUUAAUAUCCACAUUUUGCAGUUUCUAGCCUGGCUGAAUGGAUUUCUCCAGCAGAACAUCUCAAAGUUUUACACUGAGACUAUGAUGCCAAGAAUUGAUUACGUAGCCAAUGUUUAUUCAAUGCUGGUACAGCAGAGGAGGGAGAGAAAGGAAUCUCUGACUUCUCUAGAAAUAUCAAGUGUACUUAAGAAUAAUGGGGUCCAUUCAACUUCAUGUAAUAGGUAUGCCCUUUUAUACAUUGUUUGUGUUGCAUUUUAGAAGAAUAGCUCGUUGUUCAUGCAUGUACAGUGACCAUUGUAACUUUGAUUUUUCACAGCACACCCUUCCACUGAUUUUUGUAUAUUUAUUGAUGGACAAGUAGUAAUGAGGAAAGCAUAUGUAUAUUGCCCAGUUGAAAGCACUUAUUGGAAAAUACUAAAAGGCUACUAUUAAAAGGCUAAACGAAAUGGA